AUGGCCAACCCCGAGCCUGAGAUCUCCCUCUUGCCCCUGGGCGCCAUCAUCCAGUCCCUCACCGUCGCCGGCGUAAACAUUGUGCAGGGCUUCCCGACACAGGAGCUGUACAAGUCACACAACGGCCCCUACUUCGGCGAGACCAUUGGCCGCGUUGCGAACCGUACCAAGAAUGCAAAGCUCGACUCGCUCAACGGCGGCAAGUCAUACACUCUAGCCGCCAACAACGGCCCCAACAACUUACACGGCGGUAUCGUCGGCUGGGGCAAGCGUGUCUGGGAGGGGCCUAAAAGAGUUGGCAUCAGAAACAUUCCUGGCGUGGACGGGCUCCAGGGCGGGGAGAGUGUCGAGUUUACAUUGAAGAGUGAGGAUGGCGACGAAGGCUUCCCAGGCGAGGUGUUGGUGAAGGUCGUGUACACCAGCGGGACACAAAAUGUGGAUGGGAAUACGGUCACAGUCUUGGGCAUGGAAUACGAGGCCGAACUCACUGGAGGCGCCGACGAGACGGUCAUUAACAUGACAAAUCACUCGUACUUUAACCUCGCCGGCAAGCCUACCAUUGAAGGCACCAAGGUCCAGCUCUGCACAGCAUCCUACCUUCCCGUCGACGACAGCGGAAUCCCCACUGCAGGCCCAACAACCUUCUCCAAGGUUGCAACGAACAAGCCGUUCACCCUCGGUGCCGUGGACCCCGAUAUUGACGACUGUUUUGUCGUGCCGUCGACCUCGCCUAGCUCUGUACCCGUGGACACUCGUUCUCAGGCCCUGACCAAGCUUGUCUCCGCAAGCCACCCCGACUCCGGCAUUCACCUCGAAGUCCUCAGCACCGAGCCCGCAUUCCAGUUCUACACCGGCAAGUACAUCGACGUGCCCGCCGUCGAGGGAGUUCCGGCCCGUGGCGCCAGGAGCGGGUUCUGCGUCGAGCCGAGUCGAUUCGUCAAUGCGGCCAACGUGGACGAGUGGAAGGGCCAGGUCCUGCUGAAGAAGGGAGAGAAAUAUGGCUCGCGGACUGUCUACCGAAGCUGGAAGCAGUGA